UCCCAGGAGAACCAACAGGGAGGACGCCAUAUUCUACCAAUCACAGCAGGAGGAGGAGACUGGAGGACAAAUCAGGAUCAGUCAACAGAAGUUGUCAUAUAGUAGUCUGCCGCCUCAUUAUCAUCGAUGACACAGUGAGGAGAAAUUCAGCACCAACAGGGAUCAGCAGGUCCGAUAUGUGAAGAGUACGAAGCUCCCCGCUCAUCCCAGACUGAGGGGAACUCCGCCAAAUUAUCUGUUUACAUGAGGGUGGAGACAUUGCAAAUGGCACAACUUGUCUCCACAGCACAAGAUUAACAACCCCCCCCCCAUCAUCACUAAACCACAUCAAAACAUCCGGCAGCACAGAAGGGAUAUUCCCGGCCUCUUUUAUUCCUCCUAGGACCGCCCACCUAUAUGAAAAAACACAAAAAACAACCAAUCCACACACAGGCGCAGUGUAUAGACAUGGCCUCCGCACCCACCGGCCUCAGCUCUCCUGGCACGGCGGAGCCCCUCCGGACGAUGCAUGUCACCAGACCCAAAUCUGCCAAAGGUCGCAGCAGGAGCACCCCGCAGGUCUCCGCCCACAACAUGGAGGCCUACGCCUGCCGUGCAUCGCCCACCCCCAGGGUGUCAUCAGCGAGACCCCCGUCCGCUCCCAGGAUAGCGCAGGACGACGUCCCGGAGGGUCUUCAUCAGCUUCCGUACAGACCGCCAUCCUCCAGCCUCAACCGCUACCGGGUCCUCCCCUCCAUCGGCGCAGCAGGCGGCGGACACGACGCGGAGGAUGAACUGGUCCAUAGAACCAGCACCAUGAGAAUGGCCGCCGAGGUCCGUGAUCACCGCCAUCACCACAAGACUCUGUACCGGGAGCCGCCUCAGCACCGCGGGGGGGAGACAGUCAGCAUGGAGGACUCUGCAGUGAAGGUUCCGGAGCCGCCGUCCGAGGAGGAGCCCCGCCUUCUCCUGGCCAUCAGGUCGCACUCCGGCCAGAGGUUUGAGCGCUACUUCCGCCCCUCGGACACGUUGUACGCCAUCCUGGCAGCUGCGGAGGAGAAGACGGGGACCUCCUGUAAGGACUGCAGCGUGGAGGCCAUGGAGGUCCCGAGGAGGAGCUUCACCGACCACAGCCGGACCCUGCAGGAGUGCGGGAUCCCCAACAAGUCUGUGCUGUGCAUCCAACGGCUGGGGAGGGACUGAACCGCCGACACUCAUCAACACUACAACUCCCAGCAUGUCCUGACAGCGUCACUCAUUGCACAGGACAGUGAUCUCCAACCUGUGGCCCUACAGAUGUUACAGGACUACAACUCCCAGCAUGUCCUGACAGCAUCACUCAUUGUACAGGACAGUGGUCUCCAACCUUUGGCCCUACAGAUGUUACAGGACUACAACUCCCAGCAUGUCCUGACAGCGUCACUCAUUGUACAGGACAGUGGUCUCCAACCUGUGGCCCUACAGAUGUUACAGGACUACAACUCCCAGCAUGUCCUGACAGCGUCACUCAUUGUACAGGACAGUGGUCUCCAACCUGUGGCCCUCCAGAUGUUACAGGACUACAACUCCCAGCAUGUCCUGACAGCAUUGUUCAUUGCACAGGACAGUGAUCUCCAACCCAUGUCUCUCCAGCGGUUACAGGACUACAACUCCCACCAUCCCUGACAGCUGAAAACCACAAGGGUAUGCUGAGAGUUGUAGUUUUACAAAGUCUGGAGGUCAACAAAUUAGAGUGCCUGUCCGGACAUUCUGGGAGUUUAAGUUUUGCAACAGCUGGAGGUCCACAUUUUGGAGUCCACUGGACUAGACCAACAUCCUCCAACCUGUAGAUCUCAAGCUGUCACUAAACUACAACUCCCAGCAUCCCCUGACAGCAGUGCUUAAUAUAUAGGGCAGUGAUCUCCACUGUAUGGCUCUUUGGUUGCUGCAAAACUACAACUCCCAGCAUGCCCUAAACCAGCAGUCUUCAAACUGUGGCCCUCCAGAUGUUGCAAAACUACAACUCCCAGCAUGCCCGGACAGCCAAAGGCUGUCCGGGCAUGCUGGGAAUUGUAGUUUGGCAACAUCUGGAGGGCCACAGUUUGCAGACCACUGCCCUAAACAGCCAAAAGACUAUCAGGGCAUGCUGGGAGUUGUAGUUCUGUAACAGUUGCACGGCCCAAGUUUGGGAAGCACUGAAGCAUGCAGCAUCCCCCAGCAGGAUAUGACCCUCCUAAUGGAUAGUGGCCAUCAUACAGGGUAGACCACCCAGCUUUCCCAGGCUUCCCCUUAUUCCAGUACUAGACACUUGCCAUUUAGGGCUCUGGGUAAGCCAGGUGGUGAACACAGUGGGACAUAUGACCCAGCUUUCGGCAGCCAACGCCGGUCUGGACAUGCUGGGAGUUGUAGUUUUGCAUCAUCUGGAGGUCCACAGUUUAGAGUCCACUGGACUAGACCAAAAUUCCCCAACCUAUGGCUCUCCAGCUAUCACAAAACUACAACUCCCAGCAUCCCCUGGCACCAUUGCUUAUGUUAUAGGCUCUGUAGUUGCUGCAUAACUACAACUCCCAGCAUGCUCUGACAGGGUCACUUUUUUUUUUUUUUUUAAACAGGGCAGUGAUCACCAACCAGUUUCUCUCAGGGCAUGCUGGGAGUUGUAGUUUUGAAUCAGCCACAGAUUGGAGAUCACUGCUCAGACCCCCACAUAUUUACUCAGUCUGGGCAUGCUGGGAGUUGUAGUUCUGUAUCAGCCGCAGGUUGGGAUACACUGGGCUGACGUAUAAACUGCGACUCCUAAAGCCCCAAGAUGGUGACCGAGUGCCGCUCUUGUAUUAUCUGAGUAUUAGCCACGCCCCUGUAGAGUCUAGCUCCUCCCACAUGACAUUUUAUAGAGGUUUUCUGGAUUUGCGCUGCCCCUCCCCCCUCCGCUUUACAUCCGAUGUCGUUUUCUUUAUAUUUGUGAUUCUCCGGUUCGAUCUGAUAUAAAGAUUGAAUUAUUGAUCCGCUGCCUUUAUGCGCCGUCUGGACAUCGUCCACUUCUGCAGAUUUCAAAUAUACUUCGUAUUUUCACUA